GGCGGUACCUGAAGAACAGGGUCCGGUACAUCUGGUGGGCCUCGUAGUAAUCCCCCUUCUCCACGCUGGCCCGCAGCUUGCCUUCCACCCGCUGCACCCCUCCCCGGUUCCGAGCGCUGCCUUUGGAGCCUUCCUGCUCCGCCAUAGCAGCAGCCAUCAUGUGGAGGGCAGCGUGACGUCACCGCGCUCUACGCAGCUCGAGCUCUCCGCAACGUACGGCGGCCGAGCUGGGUCAGGCGGCAGAAAUGGCAGCCGGGUCACGUGAUCUCCGCCGCCGCAGCUGAUUGGCUGCCGCUGAGCCCAGCAAGUACUGUCCGACAGCCCCCGCCAUGUUUUCCAUGGAAACCUACCCGUCUCCAUGACAACGGGCCUCAGACAGUAACAGGGAGAUCAGUUAAUCAGUCGAGGCUUCUUUUAAUGGACCUGCAGGUUUAUUCAGGCAAUAAAAGAGUCACUGUGAUCCUUUCAUGGCUUCCUGCUGCGCUUUCCCAGCGCUUUCCAUGUAAACCUUACUGGGCGGGGCUCUCAUCCCACCAAUCGCUGUCCUAUCCCUAGGUAUGGCGGGGAAUCGGACUGCGCAUGCGCGGCGGAGAGAUCCCUCGAUGUCACCAGUGACGUAGCCGAAUCCUAUCUGCGCCCGCGCGCUCCCGCCGGGCAUGCGCACUGAGCGCGUCCACGACCACAGCCUCCGGCCAGCGAGUGUUUAUUUACCCCCAGAUACACGGAGCGGCCCCCCUGGACACCCAGCACGGUAAGUGCACACUGCGGGGGAGGGGGAGCAGGUCUGGGGGUCAGUAUUCAGCUUAGACCAAGGGGAACCUCCAGGAAAAGUGAAUACAAUGACCCAACACUGCAAUAAGUUGGGAGAGGGGGAGCUGUCCUGAUAUAUAUAGACACAGAGAGAGAGAGAGAGAGGGAGGGGGACAGCCUGGACAUGGAAUAUUGGGAACUUACUAAUACAUUAACAUGAGGGGUUUAUCAGCAUCAGAUGCUUAGAAAGCUCUAAAAACAAACCCAGUGUGCUGUCAUUGUCACCUGGGAUGGAGGAGCUGUGAGAGCACAGGGGAUUCAAUAAUAUAUUAUAUUAUACCUAAAUGUAAGUCAUUAAAUAUAUUUUUUAACAUAUUCUGGAAGUGCACUACAUUUUUGUACAUUUUCUCUUUUUGAGACACACAUAUCUAUUUGCUGAUGAAUAUGUGAGGAGAGACAACAUACUGGAUAUUGAAUAACACCAUUUAAAGCUGCUCUAACUCCAUAAAGACAUCAUUCAAGGCUAUCUUAACUCUUCAAAAUUGUGAGUGACCAUUUGUGAUCACACAUCAAUACCAGUCUCCACACAGUUAUAUGCUAUGUUUUUUAUUUGUAUUUAGCAGAUUGUCCCCUAUUUUUCUGUGUGAUUCAAUAAUAUGCAGGAAUUGCUGAGAGCCAAGACUGUGACUUAUUACAUAUGGACAUUAAAUUAUUGCAGUAAUGUUUGUGCUACACAAUGGUGUGUACUGGGAUGUGUACUGUAAAGAUAGAUUGUAUACUUUGCUUGUAAUCUUACUGUUCACAUAGGUUGGAUCUGAGAGGCUUGCUUUGGGAUAGAGCUGCAGCAUUAAAGGGACAUGCGUCUCUCGCCAGUUACUGUUUUAAACCAGCAAACAGACCCUUUUAAACCGAUGCACUAACCAAAAUAAAGCAAGAAAAACUUCACAAAGCAUACAAUAAAUGUGUAUAGAUUUACUAUAAACUUGGUCAGAUUGCAUUAUUGGGCAUGCCUUUCAGAUAGGGGAGUUUUUUCUGUCCCCUUCCCCCUCUCCCAUCUCAAUUUCAGUGGAGUCCACUAAUGACCGUAACCGCAUCACUGUGCAGCAGCAGGAAAGAGAAACCCAACACCGGAGCCUGUGCUGCAUGAUCACACUGAUCGACUCGCUAUCUUCUCCUCCUGUGAGGAUAUUAUUAUUAUUACUAUUGCCAUUUAUAUAGCUCCAACAGAUUCCGUAGCACUUUACAAUAUUAUGAGAGGGGGGAUUUAAAGGGACACUAUAGUCACCGGAACAACUACAGCUUAUUGAAUUUGUUCUGGUGUAUAGAAUCAUUACCUUAAGGCUUUUUGCUGUACCUUCAGAGAAAAUGCAGUGUUUACAUUACAGCCUAGUGAUAACUUCACUGGCCACUCCUCAGCUAGCUGUUAGAGAUCCUUCCUGGGUCGUGGCUGCCUAAAAUGCAUCCAAACAUUCAGUGUCUCCUCCCUCUGCAUGCAGACACUGAACUUUCCUCAUAGAAAUGCAUUGUUUCAAUUAAUCUCUAUGAGGAGAUGCUGAUUGGCCAGGGCUGUGUUUGAAUUGUGCUGGCUCUGCCCUUGAUAUGCCUCUUUGUCAGUCUCAGCCAAUCCUAUGGAGAAGCACUGUGAUUGGAUCAGGCCACCACUUCUGAUGAUGUCAGCAGACUGCUUGUUUUUCCUGAGUCUAACAGCAUGGUGAUCUACAGCUUCUUGCUUGAAUACAAUAAGUUUUUGCUAUAUUUAUGGAGACAUGAGGGGCCCAGGAGGGCUAGAUGGUGGUUUUAACACUAUAGGGUCAGGAAUACAUGUUUGUGUUCCUGACACUAUAGUGAUCCUUUAAUUAUAAAUAGGAAAAUUACAAGAAAACUUACAGGAACGAUAGGUUGAAGAGGACCCUGCUCAAACGAGCUUACAGUCUAUAUUGUAACGUGAAGUCUUAUCAACUCCUACACACUAAUAGAGACUAUUAGUCAGGAGCCUUGUUAGAAAUCAUAAGUAACUCACAUCAGUGUCGGAACUUUGCUGACUUUAUUGACCUACGUAUAAUAAAAUAUAAUUACUAACGUUUCUUUUUUACCACUAUGGUGACUGCAAGACUCAAUAUAAAAUGUUAUUUAUAUCAGUGGGUGCCUGUCAUUUGAGGCAUAAGGAAAAUUGUCAUAUAUAGCAUGUGUUCACUUUUUGGGGUGUUUAGUAAUAUAUCAGCUCAACAUCCAUGAGCCCAUGGACAGUGUCCUAUUCUUUGUAUAUACAUAAAAAUUAUUUGCUUGACAGUAAGUCAUCUGCAGUUUGUAGCGUGAUAGGGAGUUUAAAGGAUCACUAUAGGGUCAGGAACACAGACAUGUAUUUCUGACCCUAUAGUGUUAACAUCAUCUAGCCCCCCUGGCCCCCUCAUGCCUCCAUAAAUAUAGCAAAAUCUUACUGUAUUCAAGCCUGAAGCUGUAGAUAUGCAUGCUGUUCUGACUCAGAAAAACAAGCAGUCUGCUGACCUCAUUAGAAGUGGUGGCCUGAUCCAAUCACAGUGCUUCCCCAUAGGAUUGGCUGAGACUGUCAAGGAGGCAAAUCAGGGGCAGAGCCAGCACAAUUCAAACACAGCCCUGGCCAAUCAGCAUCUCCUCAUAGAGAUGAAUUGAAUCAAUGUAUCUCUAUGAGGAAAGUUCAGUGUCUGCAUGCAGAGGGAGGAGAUACUAAAUGUUUGGAUGCAUUUUAGGCAGACAUGACCCAGGAAGGAUCUCUUAACAGCCAUCUAUGGGGUGGCCAGUGAAGUUAUCACUAGGCUGUAAUGUAAACACUGCAUUUUCUCUGAAAAGACAGUGUUUACAGCAAAAAGCCUGAAGGUAAUGAUUCUAAUCACCAGAACAAAUUCAAUAAGCUGUAGUUGUUCCGGUGACUAUAGUGUCCCUUUUAGUGGUAAUAUCCUCACAGACUAAGAAAACCUGAGUUUUCAGUUUUGUUUUUUUUUCUUUAUCAGAACGUGACCGGAAUCAAUUUACUUAUAUCUAUCCUUAUUAUUUUAUUUUAGCAAGUGCUACUUCACCUGACUCCAAUUAUUAUAGUCAGUUAAUAUUUGGAUAAGUGUCUUUUUCAUUUGUAGUUUGCCAUUCCUUUUCAGAUUUGUGAUUCAAUAUACCCUCCAAAGCAACUUUAGAUUAAAGGGACACUAUAGGCACUCAGACGUGUGGUCUGAGUGCAGUUUCCCAGGUAGUUUAACCCUGCAAACACAAACUUAUUUAUUGCAGUUUUUAAUAAACUGCAAAAACUACUUUUGAGGGUUAACUCCACCGCUAGUGGUUGUCUGGUAGGACUUCUGAGUCUUUGGACAACUUUUGGUCGCCUGUCACUGGCCGUCCUCACUCUGUGCAUCCAGUGUCAUGUAAAACCCCAUAGGAAAGCGUUUUAUGCGCUUUGCCACACAUCCACAUUUGGUCUCCCCCGCCGGCUCACGCGGAACCUGAAUCAGUGCCAAGGGGCAUCGGUGCUGGAGUCAGUAAGUGUCAGAAGGUUGUUUUGUUUUGUUUUUUUAUCCCUUUAUUAGUAGAUUCCAAAAGAAAUAUGUACAGAAAUACAUGGCAGAAUAUAUUUCUUUUGGAAUCUACUAAUAAAGGUAUUUUAUCAAAAAAUUAUUAAAAAGAAAAAUAAGUGUUUUUAUCCUUUUUUGGAGUCUUGCUCCUUAUUGGGGAAAUUUUCCUUGUGUUCUUACCUUGAUUAAGCGAUUUGUUAAUGGUGGUAAUUUACUACCUUGUGGGAUUAUACCUCCUGUAUUUAUGUUAUUGUUGUUCUAAACUGUUAAUACACACUUUUAAAAGUUUUACUUGCUUUAUUUUGGUUUGUAUAUUUGUUUAAAAAUGUUUGCUGAUUUAAAAAAAAGUUAGGUGAUCCAUGCCACUUUAAAUUCCUGUUCUCACCAGGGAGUUCCAGGUAUUAACCUGGUGCUCCCCUCUGUCAGCUGGGGCUAUUUUUAGUGGCUUUAGGUUGACCUAUGAUCUUUAUGCAGUGCAAAAAAACGAACAGUGGUGGCUAUGGUAACUCCCUGGCCAGUGCUUUUAGCGCUGGCUUGAGCGUAUAGGAACCUAGUGACUAAUGUCACUCCACUCAGAAGUCAACAUGUCUGCGUCAUGAAGGUUAGCCCAGCUUGGGGUGGUUGUCCCCAAGCCAGACAAAUCAGUGAACACCGCAGGAGGAGCCAAGAACGGAUCAGAUGGGUGCUACAGAAGUAUAACCCCCACCUCUGCAAGGAGAUCGCAGUGGAGGGUCAGGCAAGUCCAGUGCAGAUUCGCUUUAAGGGUAAGAUUAGGGUAGGUGUAUGUUUAGUGUAAACAUAGGGUAAUAGGUUUGGUUGGUAUAGGGCUAGUGGUAAAAUAAGUGCCAAAAAUUAAUUUAGAUCCCAGGCAUGUUAGCUGUUUAAUGAAUCUAUUUUGAAGUCUUUAUUUAGUUGUAAUGGAUGUGUACAAAGUAUUAUAAGGAAAAAUGGGACAUCUAAAUAUAGGAUAUUAAAGCUCUAAAUAUAGGAUAUUAAAGCUCUUAAAGGUUUGUUUUCCUGGCACUUUCCUGAGAACUUGGAUUAUCUCCUUCUUAAGGGGUUAAUAAGUGAGUUUUAAUGCUACCUUUGUUUAUUCUUAGCGAGUUUUAUGUAAGUCACCCUAACUGCAUUUUCAGCGCCUCUCUCUGUUAUAAUAUAUUGUAUUAUUUUGUUAUCCUUGUUACACUAACUCCUGGUGUUUUAGUUAGCUGGCUGUUUCUGUAAUACUAAUGAAAUGUAUUUAUUUUUAACAGAUGCCACGCUGUCUGGUAAAAUCAUGCACUUCAAAGCAAGUGCAUGGUCAAAAAACUGGUGCUGUUGCAAUGCACCUGUUCCCUAAAUCACCAAGUAAAAUCAAACUUUGGAUGGAGAACAUUGGGCAGAAAUUUGAAGAUAUGGAUGCAACAAUCAAGGAAAUAGUUGGAGCAAAACGUGGCUGCUACAGAAUUUGUUCUGCACACUUCACACGUGAUUCAUUCGAGCAGAUUGGAUCACGCAGGUUUUUAAAGAAAAAUGCCGCUCCCACUAUAUUCCAAGAUUAUGAUGGAUGCAGUAUUGCUGCGCCAGUUCAAACGCAGAAACACAAUGCAGUUAAUAGACAGACCCUCGCCCCAACAGCUGGAAAUACUGCAUCCAUUGCUGCUAAUACAAGCAAACUAGAAGCAGAAAGUGAUGGGGAGAGAGAAGAAUUUAUAUUGAGUGGAACAACAAACGUGGACAGUUGGGAACAUUGCUAUUCAGGUAAACCUUCACAGAUGCUCCAGGGAAAAGGAAAAGUAUUGAAGAAAAGCGUUGGGACUACAACAAAAGGCUUACUAAAGUCAAAAUCUGUUGGCAUGUGGACAGGGCCUUAUGAAUUUUUUAUGGAAGAAGUGUCACGUUCUACUGACGAGAUUUCAACAUCAAAAGCCGGUAAAUGUACAUCCGCAUGGACUGCUAACCUACAGCAAGAUGGACGUGAGCAAGAAAACCAGAAAACAAGCAACGUUAAAGAUGAGAGAGAGAAUUUUGUGACUGGUGCACCGUUUUGUUCAAUGGAAAAUACAAAUGUCUCUGUUAAGGCUGAGCCAAACGACGAAACCCAUACAUCCAACGUAAGCAGCUGUAGUACAGCAGAUGACAUCUUACAUGACGAUAAAGAUGAGAAAGGCGGUUUUUCUCUUGAUACCAGUGUUGUGGCUGGUGUACCUUUUUGUUCAAUGGAAAAUACAAAUGUAUCAGUUAAGACCGAGCCAAACAACGAAAUUUAUAUCCCCAAUACAAGCAGCUAUAAUACUGGUGAUCACACCCUACACAACGUUAAAGAUGAGAGGGAAAAUACAAAUGUAUGUGUUAAGGUGGAGCCAAACGACAAAAGUUAUACCCACAACAUAAGCAGCAAUAAAACCGGUGAUCAGACCCUACAUGAUGUUAAAGAUGAGAGAGAAGAUUUUACUCUACAUGCUUGUGUAGGGACUGCUGCACCUUUUUGUUCAAUGGAAAAUACAAAUAUAUCUGUUAAGGUGGAGCCAAAGGAUGAAACGUAUACCCCCAAUAUAGGCAGCUCUGCUAUUCGUGAUCACACCUUACAUGACGUUAAAGAUGAGAGAGAACAUUUUUCUCUUGAUGCUGGUGCUGUGAUUGGUGCACCUUUGUGUUUAACGGAAAAUACAAAUGUAUCUGUUAAGACUGAGCCAGAUGACGAAACACAUACCCCCAACACAAGCAGCUAUACUGCCGCUGAUGACACCUUAGAUGACUCUGACACAAGCGCAGUGGAGGAAAGUAAAUUUAUUGUGUUUGAAUCCUCACUAGAUCUACUUAUACAAAGAAUAAGAUGUGCACACAGAGGGAUAUGUGAGAGACGUAUCUUAAAGAAAGACAAAAUCAUAACUGGUUCUUGCUUAACUGUUCUAGGUACUUGUGAAGAUGGACAUGUUACAGAGCUAUGGAGAAGCCAGCCACUUGUAAACAAAAUACCACUUAGAAAUGUAAUUUAUUUCUGAAUAGGGAGGAUGCCUACUACAUGGCAGCUGAUUCACAUACUGCCCAACCGCAGGGGAUCAUCUGUUUCCAGGAAAAUAUGGUGUAAUUGAUGCCUCUUAAGCGCAGGAUAAAGAUGAUAGCAUUGGCAUUCCUGCUGUGAUAGUGUCAGUGCCAGCCAUGUAGGUGGAUGGUGAUCCUGGGUAUGGUAGUUCAGAGUACUGCAUAAUUGAGCUGUUUUUCACUAAACACUACAAUGCAGUACAUUAAAGACUAAAUGCCAAAAUAAGGUUGAACUAAGUCAUGAUCAGGGUUGUUUGUUAAAGUAAGAAUAAUUAGACAUUAAAAAAUAAAGGUAAGUCAUCCAUCCUGAAAACACAUCCGAUUUGGAUUUAUUUUUUUUAAUUUUUUUUCAGUUUGGCUAUUGUGGUCUUAAAUUUGGAAUUCAGAGUAAAUCCCUGCCAAUUCUCACUUUAGUGAAUAACCCGAAUAUGGUUUGUUAAUUCGGUUUCAUGGCUUAGUAUUGAAAGUGUCCAUGUUUGUAAUGAAGGUAAUUCAUACCACGCAAGAGUAGGAUAUAUGGAAAGAGGGACAGCAGUCUGCAGGCAUGAACACAUGGCAGGCUGACUGCUUAUCUGAAAUCAGGCUUUGCUAACUGUAAAGCAGGAAUUUUGGAAUACCUGGUUUUUAAAGGACCAUUCCGGUCACAACAACAUGUUAAGUUAUCGUUUAGGGCAGGGCUUAACAAAUCCCAGACGCCUGGUCGAGUAGAAAUAUCGACCCUGGCACCUGGUAUGUCAGCCCUUUAAGGAGUGUGGGAACCGACUGCCCGUGGCAGCAUUGUAGGUGGCAUGUGAGGGAGCAGUAUUCAAUCUGCAGUUCCUCUCUGCUCCCUCGCACACUGUUUAAUGCCAGGAGCUGGAAUAUGAAAUAACUCUGGCCCCACCAUCACUAGAGAGCGUGAGGGAGCAGCAGGUAGAUAACUGCUCCCUCCCAUGCAGGAAGAGAGAGGAGCCCCACUGAACCCCAGGGAAAGAUCCACUCUGCUCUCCCAAAUGUAGGGAGACUGAGUGGAUUGCAAGAAAAAUAAAAACCUAUUUGUGCAGGUGAAAAGGUCUGUGUCUGUCUAGGUACCUGCCCCCCUCUAAUAGCACGAGAAAGUUGUUUUUACUCCCCUUUUUCCCCAUGGCUGGUCAGUCAUAAUGAUCUCCACUAAGGGACAAUAUUGCACAUGUGCAGCAGAACAAUGUGCCAAUUACCCUCUCCUCAUAGAGAGGCAUUGAAUCCAUGCAUCUAUAUAGGGAACAUUCAGUGCCUCCAUACAGAGCUUUCCUAUGGGGAGAGGCCUAAUACACUCACCAUGCAUGCACAUUGACAUCACCUGACUGUGGGGUGAAUUGUGUUAAAGGAGAUCUGCUAAUGGGACAAUGUGACUUAACAGCCAGGGAGGUGUUUUAUUUGUUUAUUAUAUAUAUAUUACACACACACAUAAAUAUAACAAUUUUUACUGCAUCUGUGCAUGAGAGUAUCAUAGAAAGUAAAAGGAUGCCACUAACUUUUUUUUUUUUUUUUUUUAAAGGGACAUUAACUUGAAAAAUAUACAUGCUAUGUAUGUAUUUAAUUAUUUUCAGAUUGCAUGGGACACCAGAAAAAAAAAAAAAAAGUAAGAUCAUUCUUCAAUAUGUUUGGACAAAAUCUUUGUUGAAAGGGACAAUCCAGACACCAAGCACUUAUGCUUGCUGGAAAUCUUUGUGUGUAUAGUUUUGUUUUUCCAUUUUAAAAAAAAGUACUGAUUUUAGUAGAAAUAACUGUUUAGUGCACCACUCUCGAAGCAGGCGAUUGCCCAGAUCGGUCCUGCAGGUUUCUCAGUAAGUAACAGCUCAUUAUUACUUCCUAUGAUUGGUCAGCUACAGAAAGUGUGUCCUGGGGUUAGACUGCUUUGCCAAGAAAUCCUAUAUCCCCAAAGUAACCAUACAGAAUUACAUGCAUAUUUUAUUUAGGUGUAUACCAUUUCCCAACAAUGUUCCUUAAAAUACAAUCUCACCUAUCUGUAACGUCUGCCAGGGAAGAUGGGGAGCUUGAGAAAGUGUGAUGAAAUGUUGUGCAGUAUGCUUCAAUAAAUCUUUGUUGGAUCCAGUCUAAUUUUAUGGCUGGUCUUGUCUCCUUUUAUUCAAUAUAUUUAUAUUUUAAUAGAAGUAAAGGCUAGG